AUGAAUGAAUUAGAAUCCUUACAGCGAGUCACAUUGUCAGCUUUAAUAGAAUUUAAUAGCACGGAUGAAGUUAACUGGACAUCAUCAAAUAAUUCCUCCGAAAAUAAUAAUAAUAUAACCGAAUGGAACAACGCAACAGACAAUAAUGUGACGAUAAUCAUUGAGAAGGAAGCAGUUAACAAUUGGUGGGCCCUGUUUGCGUUAGCAUUAGUACUCUGUACGGUAGCAGGAAACGUAUUGGUAUGCUUGGCUAUUUACCUGGAAAGGAGGCUUCAGAAUGUAACUAACUACUUUCUUAUGUCACUGGCUAUAACUGAUUUACUGGUAGCGGUGCUUGUUAUGCCUCUUGGUAUUUUAACACUUGUAAAAGGUUACUUUCCGUUCCCAGCUGUGUAUUGCUUAACCUGGGUGUGUCUUGAUGUACUUCUUUGCACCGCGUCUAUAAUGCAUUUAUGUACCAUCAGCGUUGACAGAUAUCUAUCCCUUCGAUAUCCGAUGCGAUUUGGAAGAAACAAAACAAGAAAGAGAGUAACAGUCAAGAUAGUAUUUGUAUGGAUACUGUCGACAGCUAUGAGUCUUCCUUUGAGUCUUAUGUAUUCCAAGAAUGAGGAGUCAGUGCUCAUAGGAGGCUCUUGUCAGAUACCAGAUCCGCUGUACAAGGCGAUCGGAUCGGUCAUAUCUUUCUACAUACCCCUAGGAGUAAUGUUGCUUACGUACGCGUUAACCGUACAGCUGCUAGCCCAACAGAGAAAAGGUCUUGGACCAGGAUGGGCAACAGGGUGGCUUGGUGCGCCUCCAAUCGAUCGACGUUGCACAUGGAGAAGAUUUCUUGGUCCAAGAGGUGGAACACCGCAGCAUUCAGCUGCUUCAACAGAAACAGAGUUACCUCCUAUAGAUACAAGAGACCUAUGGCUCCAAGACACCAGCGAGCCUGCUCCGUCUGCAAUGAGCGCACUACAUCACUUUGGGGCAGAGAUGUUGCGCCUAUCUCGUGGAUUGGAAGCUUCGGCUGCAACUAAAGCUUCAUUCAGAGGGACAAACGUAAUGGAUCGCGGUGGGAUGCUAACGCCUGGAUCAUUAAGUGUUUCCUCUAGUUCUCCAUCGUCAAUGCUUCAAGAUAGGCGUCGACUUUCAGUAACAGUUGAUACUAGUAUACCCUUAACUAGAGCAAGAAGUGCAUCUGAUGAUGAAGGCAACGACGGACUAUUAGCUCCAACAACAUUAACUACAAAAUCAAGAAGUUCAGAAGACGGAUUACUGCUGCCACCGCCAUGUACUUGUCCCUAUUUUGGAAGUGACUCCACUCCACCAAGACGUACAACUGAAGUUAUCAUAGUACCAGGUGGUGAUAUAAAUGGUUGUAAUGGAUUUUCUCGUAAUGGAAACGUUAAAGCAGAAGAAACGUGCGCACCAGUUUUUAGACGUUCAAGUCGCGGUGCUUCUUCAAUGGUUACAUGGGAAGAGGCCAGAAGGUUUAGACGAGGUUCUAGUUUUGGCGGUGCAAGAACGACUUUAUCUACUCCGGUUCGAAACGUUCGUGGCCAUAGAUCGACUACUCGAACUCAACAAUCAGUGAAUCCAAGUCCUCAGCGACAAACGCCUAGGACUCACCACUCAAGAAACUCAAGUGUUAUUUCAAGGAACUCUUCUAGACAUGGUCGUAUUCUACGCCUAGAGCAAAAGGCUACAAAAGUUCUAGGUGUUGUUUUCUUUACUUUCGUAAUCCUUUGGGCGCCGUUUUUUACUCUCAACAUGGUACCUGCAAUCUGUCCAGACUGUGAAAAACGUAUUUCAAGUUGGGUGUUCGAUUUUGCUCUGUGGUUGGGUUACGCCAGUUCAAUGGUUAAUCCCAUUUUUUAUACGAUAUUUAAUAAGGUGUUUAGACAAGCAUUCAAAAAGGUACUUCUUUGUCAAUAUUGUAAAUCUAAAAGGUAG